AUGGCAGCUAACGAUAAAAGUAAAAAGUUUUCACGAUGGUAUUUUGGUGGUAUUGGUUCGGCUGGUGCUGCAUGUUGUACACAUCCAUUGGACUUGCUCAAGGUACAUUUACAAACACAACAAGAAGGUAAACUGUCCGUCAGCCGUUUGGCAAUGAAAAUCGUCAGAGAACAAGGGGUAUUCUCACUGUACACAGGUAUUUCAGCGUCGUUGUGUCGACAACUGUCAUAUUCAACUGUACGAUUUGGAAUAUAUGAGGUUGGAAAACAAGCAAUGACCAACCCUGGUGAAAAUAUUCCGUUCUAUAAAACAGUGCUAUUGGCUUCUGCUGCAGGGGCAGCUGGUGGGUUUGUUGGAACCCCAGCUGAUAUGAUUAAUGUGCGAAUGCAGAAUGACGUAAAAUUACCACUGGAAAAACGCAGAAAUUACAAGCAUGCUUUUGAUGGUUUUUUACGUGUUUGGCGGGAAGAAGGGUUUACCAGAUUGUUUUCGGGCGCAUCAACAGCUACAAUGCGUGCCGUUUUAAUGACUGUUGGACAGUUAUCAUUCUAUGAUCAUCUUACUGCUGGCGCUGUUGCAACAACCCUUACUCAACCGUUGGAUGUGCUAAAAACUCGGGCAAUGAAUGCCAAACCAGGCGAAUUUUCAGGUACACUUGAUUUAGUUAGAUACACUGCAAAGCUUGGACCAAUGGGUUUCUUUAAGGGUUACGUUCCAGCAUUUGUGAGAUUAGCUCCUCAAACAAUUCUUACAUUUGUCUUCUUGGAACAGUUACGUUUGAACUUUGGUUACUAUAAAGCAUAA